AUUGUUUGAUUUUUUAAAAAGAAUUUAUUUCCAAAUUAGAGUGAAAAAUAAGUAUUUGGUCACCCACAAACACGCAAGAUUUCUGGCUAUCAACGAGGUCUAACAAGGCUCCACUCGUUACCUGUAUUAAUGGUACCUGUUUUAACUCAUUAUCGGUAUAAAAGACACCUGUCCACAAUCUCAGUCAGUCAGUCACACUCCAAACUCCACCAUGGCCAAGACCAAAGAGCUGUUGAAGGACACCAGAGACCAAAUUGUAGGCCUGCACCAGGCUGGGAAGACUGAAUCUGCAAUAGGUAAAACGCUUGGUGUAAAGAAAUCAACUGUGGGAGCAAUUAUUAGAAAAUGGAAGACAUACAAGACCACUGAGUGGGCCACCUCCCUCGAUCUUAGGCUCCAUGCAAGAUCUCACCCCGUGGCGUCAAAAUGAUCACAAGAAUGGUGAGCAAAAAUCCCAGUACCACACGGGGGGACCUCGUGAAUGACCUACAGAGAGCUGGGACCACAGUAACAAAGGCUACUAUCAGUAACACAAUGCGCCGCCAGGGACUCAAAUCCUGCACUGCCAGACGUGUCCCCCUGCUGAAGAAAGUACACGUCCAGGCCCGUCUGCGGUUCAGAUGAAACCGAAAUAGAACUUUUUGGUAGAAACACAGGUUCUCGUGUUUGGAGGAGAAAGAAUACUGAAUUGCAUCCGAAGAACACCAUAUCCACUGUGUAGCAUGGGGGUGGAAACAUCAUGCUUUGGGGCUGUUUUUUCUGCAAAGGGAUCAGGAUGACUGAUCUGUGUAAAGGAAAGAAUGAAUGCGGCCAUGUAUUGAGAGAUUUUCAGUGAAAAUCUUCUUCCAUCAGCAAGGGCAUUGAAGAUGAGACGUGGCUGGGUCUUUCAGCAUGACAAUGAUCCCAAACACACAGCCAGGUCAACAAAGGAGUGGCUUCGUAAGAAGCAUUUCAAAGUCCUGGAGUGGCCUAGCCAGUCUCCAGAUCUCAACCCCAUAGAAAAUCGGUGGAGGGAGUUGAAAGUCUGUAAUCCCCAACGACAGACCCAAAACAUCACUGCUCUAGAGGAGAUCUGCAUGGAGGAAUGGGCCAAAAUACCAGCAACAGCGUGUGAAAAGCUUGUGAAGAGUUACAGAAAACGUUUGGCCUCCGUUAUUGCCAACAAAGGGUACAUAACAAAGUAUUGAGAUGGACUUUUGGUAUUGACCAAAUACUUAUUUUCCACAAUGAUUUGUAAAUAAAUUAUUUAAAAAUCAAACAAUGUGAUUUUCUGUUUUUUUUCCCCCCACAUUCUGUCUCUCAUGGUUGAGGUUUACCCAUGUUGACAAUUACAGGCCUCUCUAAUAUUUUCAAGUGGGGGAGCUUGCACAAUUAGUGGUUGACUAAAUACUUAUUUGCCCCACUGUAAAUACUAUAUGUGUCUUAGUAAAAUGAGUAUUUUAUUUUUAAUUAAAAUUGUUAACAUUUACAAAAAGAACCCAUUUGUAGCCAUUGGCAACGAUAGGUGUCCAAUCUAUUUAGACACUUACCGUAUUUGUUAUUUCCCCGUACCAGUCAAACUGUAUUGUACAUCUAUCACUGUCAAGGGCAGCUAAUGAACUAAUAUUCCAUCUCACAAGUAUCCAGCAUACACUACUGUCAUGAUUCACAAACCAGCAUCUGCUGGAUUUACUAGCAGAGUUUACCGGCUAACCUGUAGUCUUGCAGUUUCCAUGUUGUGUACUUAAUAAAAUUCCAGUUCCCCUUUUCAAAGUUGCUUUUUUUAAUUGACCAAUUGAAAAUGUGUGUAUUAUUAGCGCAUAAGUGUUUUGUUUUUUAACACAGACGUCACAGAGAGGCAAGACUUUAAGUGUUGUUCGUGUACAUUUAUAUAACUGAGCUUGCAUUGAACCAGUUUUACAUGUUUGCCAGCAUUGACAGCGGCACUGCAUGUGCAAUGAAACGUGAAGGUUCAGUGUAAACGAACAGCAGCAAGAUCUCACACUUUGCUCAUAAGACUGUCAUGCUUCAAGGUGAUGGCAACACACAGCAUCAUCUCCCGAGAGGACCUCAUUUGUCCUCAGUGUACGGACAUCUACUGCUUCCCUGUUCUCCUCCUGUGUGGACAUAAUGUUUGCAAACUUUGCCUGCAGAAGUUCUGGGAAUGGAAAGGAUGUCAAGAGUGUCCUGUGUGCAAGGUCGUGUCCAUUCCCAAAAGGCCUCCCAUCAACUUGGCUCUGAAGAUAGCAGCGGACAAGUACCACCAGGAGAAGGCCAAGAUGAGUGUGGAGCGUUGCAGCCUUCAUGAGGAAAAGCUCACUGUUUAUUGUCAGAAUGACGAGAAGCCUAUUUGUCUGCUCUGCCAAAUGUCCAAACUGCACAAGGUCCACGAAUGCUGCCCACUGGAUGAGGCUGCCAAGCAAAAGAAGGAAGAUAUCACGGGCAGGCUGGAGACUCUGAAGAAGAAGCUGCAGACGCUGGACAAGACAAGGGAGAGCUGGGAAAGAACAAGGACAUUUAUACAGAGGCAAGCAGAUGAAAACAACAGAACCAUCCGGGAGGAGUUCCAGAAGUUGCACAAAUUUCUUUUUGAGGAGGAAAACUCCAGACUUCAGGUGCUUGCACAGGAAGUGGAAGUGAAGGUCAAGGUGAUGAGUCUCAAACUGGAUUUCAUGGAGAAGCAGAUCAAGAGUCUCUCCUCUGUCAUCAGUAACACAGAGAAGAGACUGGAAGGAGAUGAUUUAUCGUUUUUGCUGGACUACAAUGACACCAAGAAGAAAUGUUUUGUUUUUUGUUGUUGUUUUUCCUUCCCAUUUAGGCUCAAGUGCAAUUUUAAAGAACCAGAAAUAAUCAGAGACAUCCUGAUCAACUCUGCCACACAUCUGGCGUCGCUUAAAUUUCAUGUUUGGAGGAAGAUGGAGCACCUUGUCAAAUAUGUUCCCAUCACGUUGGAUCCAAACACGGCCCAGGCCAACUUAGAGCUGUCAGAGGAGCUGAGUUGCAUGCAGUACAGCAGUCAGCGAGCACUCCCAGACAACCCUGAACGCUGCACGGGUGGGGUUUGCGUGCUGGGAGCGGGUGGAUUUGUGUCAGGUAAACACAGCUGGACAGUGGACGUGAGUCGGGGUAAAGACUGGUACAUCGGGGUUGUCCGGGAGUCCAUCCAAAGGAAGGGGGCCAUGUCCCUAAAGCCGUCUGACGGAGUCUGGAUCAUUGGCGGGAUGAUAGGGGACGUCCUGUGGGCUCAGACUUCGCCUCGUACCAGGCUGGAAUGGAAGCAGAAGGCUGAAAGGAUUACGGUGGAGCUGGACUACGACAAGGGCAAGGUUGCGUUUAUCAAUGCUGCAGAUUCAAAGAGCAUUUUCACAUUUAAAGACAAGUUUACGGAGAGGAUCUUCCCCUAUUUCUCUGUUGGGAUUCACGAAGAAGGCAGUGGCUCCUUCCCCCUGGCAAUAUGUUCUCAGAACAUCACACUCACUGUAUCAGACAAGUGAUGGCCACAGCUCAUGGCGACAACAACAAAAACAUACGAGUAAUAGAUACAGUGCAAUUAAGAGAAACACUACAAAAUGAGACUAAUAGACUGUUUGGAAUAAAGUCAUAUAAUUUCUCGGAACAAUUAUGAAAAUUUAGCAAGCUUACAUAAUAGACACAGACACAUUAUGCUGAAUGUGAAAAUACAAGUCUGAGGGGGGGAAAAAGUAUCAGCAUUGUCAAGAGGUCAUCAAGGAUCACAAUGUUGCAAAUCGUGCCAGACUUGUUCCUGGAAUGCUCAUGUCAAUGAGUAAGCUUUUGGGUUUUUUCCUGUCUUCUGUGCCAAUAAGGUGCCAAAGUAAAAACAAUAAAUAUAUUAUGAUCAUUA